AGAUUUGAGUCUCGAGUACGAUCAUGUUUUCGUUAUCAUUUUUUAUUUUGAGUUGAAAUAUCUUUGUAAUUUCUAUAAGUAACCACAUCCAUAGUUGAUAUGUUUUUGAGGGUGCAUCAUAUAUUUUUAGGCGAAGUUGCUUGAUUUAUUAUUAAUUGAAAAGCUGAUAUGUAUCCUAUUAUUUGCUUUGUCGAAUGUGUAAAGCAUUAUUAUUUUAUGGCAUCGAGUAGUUAUAUAAAACUGUAAAAGUGAAUUAUCAGGUGCAAUAAUGCCCCUUCAACAAAUAAACGUAAAGAAUUCAUCAGAAAUUGAGAGUUGGGAAUGGGGUGGUGGAUGUGGCAAAGAAACAAUUCGUGCAGGGUCUGGUAGUAGUCAAACAUCUUGUAGUAAUUCAAGUGGUGAUAUCUGCAGGAUUUGUCAUUGUGAAAGUGAAAUACAUAAUCCUCUUCUAGCUCCAUGCUAUUGUUCUGGCAGCUUGAAAUAUGUUCAUCAAAGCUGUUUACAACAAUGGCUGACAGCCUCAGAGACAAGAUCAUGUGAAUUGUGUAAAUUCAACUUUAUUAUGCACACAAAAAUAAAGCCAUUCAGUGAGUGGCGGUUAUUGGAGAUGUCCGGUGUCGAGAGGCGGCGGCUGUGCUGCGCCGUGCUGUUUCACUGCGUGGCCGCGCUCUGCGUCAUGUGGUCGCUCUUCGUACUCAUCGAGCGAGCCGUCGAGGAGGUCAACAAGGGACAGAUUGCGUGGCCGUUUUGGACGAAAUUAGUGGUGGUCGCAGUGGGGUUCACCGGCGGCGCUGUGUUCAUGUACAUUCAGUGUCGACAAUAUUUACACCUUUGCAAUCGAUGGCGGGCGCACAAUCGUAUACUGCUAAUCCAAAACGCGCCGGAGAAGCUGCCGAUCGCCGCGUCGCCGCCGCUGCGCAGCAAGCGCCGCGAGCGCAGCGCGCGCGGGCAAGUGGUGGCCAACAUCGAGCCGCUACCGCCGCCCGUCGCGUACCACGAGGAGGACGAGAGCGGUGGAUUUGAGACUUAUAGAGGCAACCCGCACAGGCGGCUAUCAGCUCUGAACGAGGAGCGGCUGCGCGUGGAGCCGCACGAGGAGACGCGCCGCUACUCGGACACGCGGCUCGCGCAGCCCGCCGCGGACGACGCGCCCACUGAGGCGGGCGUGUACCACAUAACGGUGGACCCGCUGGAGGCGGACAUCCGCUCGCUGCUGGCGCUGGACGCGCGGCGCGAGGCUCGCGCGGCCCGCUCGCUGCCCAACCUGCGCGCGAGCCGGGAGAGCCUGCUGCCCGCGCGCCGCGAGAGCCUGCUGCCCGCGCCGCCGCCGCGCCCGCCCUCCUGAGCCCGCCCCGCGCUCACCCUCUACCUGGACGACAACGUGUACUAGCGAGCCACGGAGACCGGGUGACCGAACCACUGUGAACCGGAGUGACCGACGUGUACAGUGCGCUACAUAGUGUGAACCGACCAAGAGGCCGUUGUGGUGAAUAGAGUGCGCUACAUAGUGUGAACCAGAUGUAGUGACCAAUAUACGGAGUGUGAUAAAUAGUGUACCAGCCAUAGUUAUUAAUAUCCUGUGGAUGUCCAGUAUUAACCAUAGUGACCAGUAUGAUGUUUAUGUUGAAUUGUGUCAACUACCUGUAGUAAUCGAAAAGGAGUGAACUGUGUCCUCUAAAACCACCCAUAGUGACUGUUGAAUAUUGGAUUAAGCUUUUAAUACAUAGUGUGAAUCAAACAUCAGACAUAGAAGCCGACUUUUAACCACAUUAUAAAAUAGACAGUAGGUUAUUGAGUAUACAAAUCAUACCAACCAUUAAGUUUUGAACUGUUUCUAUAAUGUGAAAUAUGGUGUAUAGAUAGACUAGAGUGAACUAGCUGAAAUAACCACUAGAAUCAAGUACCUAUAGUAAACAUGGUUGGUCAGAAUUAUAGUGAACUAUGUGUUAUUGUAGAAUACAUUGAGAUAAUGUGUCAGAAAUGUGAACUAUCCAAAAUAGCACACACUCAAGUGACUGAAGGCUAGCAACUGUAGUUGAGGGAAUGGUAAUUUUAAUGAAGGAAUGAAGCUAUUACUCCUAGACUUGGUCUGAAUGUAUAUCCUAUUGGUACAGUGAUCUCUGAAUAGACUGGAAGUGAAAUAAUGAGGCAUAAUGUAAGAACUGUGAGAAUGAAGGUACCAUAAUUUUUACAAAUUAAAAACAGAGAAAGGAAAAAUAGUAUUGGGAGGGUUUUGGCCGUGGAGUUUUGCAGUUAUCUCCACUUUAUUAAUUAUGAUGGUGAGAUAUCUUGAAACAGUCAUGCGAAUUAUACUCCACACAUAAAUAUAGUUUAACUGUGUAUGAAGACUGUGUAUGAACUACAACCAAAGAGUGAUCGGACUGUAUGGAUACAGUAUUGUAAUGAAAAGUAUGUUUUGUUAACUUCAGUCCAAAAGGUUACAUCUAUCGUCCAGUAAAAGUGUCAAAAGUGGUCAAAUUUGUGUUCUAGAAUGACUAUAGUGUAAUUUAUUGUCAUUCGCUUUGUAUUUGCCAAGCACUAGAAUAUGAGAGCAGUUUAUUGUAAAUCAUUCACAAGUUAUGCAUAUAAUAAGUUGUUUAAAUUUUUGUGUUCCUAUCAAGGACGGAUCCAGCAUUAGUGCCAGGGGGUGGUCACAUAGUCGUGGUUGAAUUACAAAAGCUAUAAUACUUAUUUUGAUAAAUUAAGAAACUUCGAUUUCAAAAAAAAAGCCGAUCAAGAGUUGGCUGCACCAAGAGUUCCGUACAAACAUUUUUUAUAUGUUUUAACAAAUUAAUAUUUUAUGCUUUUUGCAAUUAUUUUUUUAUUUUUACUAAAAGACGUAACUUCCUAAAUUAUUCAAAAAAAUUCAAGAUUCUGUGUUCACGGGAAAUACCCUGUAGGUUUUGAUUCCUGACGACAUUUGCAAAUGUCGAAAUUUGCGAUAAUUUGCAGCAUAAACGGCUGUAUCUUUUGGCUUAUAAGUUUGAUUUUUUCACAACAUCAAUGAACAUAAACAAGGAACACAACACAAGGAACCAUAGACUAUAAUCUAUCUGAAAGCUGAACAGUGAACAGUUUGUUUGCUUCUUCUUAAAAUGUUACAAUAACUUUAAGCUGUAAUUUAAUUCAACUUCUAUGUCAACGAAAUGAGAAGAAAUAGCAAUUAAAACCGCAUAUCCUGAAACUCGCAAUUAAUUGCAAGGGAAUCAAAACCUACAAGGUACUUCCCGUGAACACAGAGUCUUAAAAUUUUAUUAAAAGCAACAUCUUCUAUCUAGAUAAAGAAAAAAUUGCUAAAAGCAAAAUUUAAAGAUACAACAUAAUAACAAAAUUAGGUUUAUUCGUAGCCCUAGCGAGGCCGACUCGCACUUGGCCGUCUUUUGUCCUAAUUUUACAGUAUUUUCUAUUGUUAUUUACCAUUUAUUAGCCUGAUAUCGAAAUUUUAGCCUUGUUCCAUUAAAAUAAAUUGCUGUUUUAUAUCGAUAUUUGAGAUUUUGUGAGAAAAGUGUAACAGCAAAAGUUA